AGGAAACACAGGUGUGGGAGGGAUGGCGACAUCUGUGCUUUUCUGAGGAACCAGACUCUGCUGAAAUAAUCAGCUAAUAUUCACAAGAAUCACCAGGCUUCACCAAAGGCCUGUGGAGCAGAGAGCUGAGCCGACCUGAGACCAUGGUGUAAAGCCAUCGAAAAAAAAAACAAAGUUAUCUCUGACUAACCCUCACAGGACAAUGCUGAGGAUGAGGCUCGCUCACCUCAAGCCACAGUUUUUUGCUGGACUGCUGUUCGGAUUCCUCGCUUUUCAUUUCUUUUUGGAGCUAAACAGAUCUGCCGAGGAGAGUGUCACGUUUCUGACUUACAUACGAGCGAUUGAAGGACAGCAGCAUAAUCACACAGUUGCAGAUGAACAGACCCCAGCAAAGACUACCGCCCAGUCGAUACGCAUCUUGUGCUGGAUCAUGACAGGACCAAAGUAUCUGGAAUCACGAACUAAGCACAUCAAAGGCACUUGGGCCAAGCGCUGUGACAUAGUGCUGUACAUGAGCUCAGAGGAAACCGACUUCCCAACUGUGGGGCUCAAUGUCAGCGAGGGCAGGGAGAACCUGUACUGGAAGACCAUUCGAGCUUUCCAGUACGUCUACGAGCACCACAUGGACGACGCGGAUUGGUUCGUGAAAGCCGACGACGACACGUACAUGAUCGUAGAGAAUCUCCGCUACGCUUUGUCCAAGUAUGACACAGAAACGCCCGUGUAUCUGGGAAGAAGAUUUUACCCUUUCGUUAAAAAUGGCUACAUGGCGGGCGGAGCAGGCUACGUCCUCAGCAAGGAGGCGCUGAGAAGAUUCAUUAACGGCUUCAGCUCCGGAUCUUGCACCCAUUUCUCCGAGAUUGAAGACAUGGCUCUGGGACAGUGUAUGCAGACAAUGGGGGUAGAGCCGACAGACAGCAGGGACAUAAAGGGCAGACAAAGGUUUCAUGCGUACCCACCAGAAAACCACGUGGUCAGGCAACCACCGAGACCAUUGCCAUGGUAUCUGGUCUAUGAGUUCUACCCAGCGGUCGAGGGUCCACGUAGCUGCUCAGACCUGUCUGUCUCCUUUCACUACAUACACCCGGAUAUGCUGUAUGUUUUGGAUUACCUGACGUACCAUCUGAGACCGUAUGGAUACAAAUAUCGAUUUAAUCCUGAUGAAACAACGUAAUGCCUUAGAGCCACGGCCUCUUUGUACGCUGGACGUAGGGCAUUGGAUGGUAACAUUUCUCCUAUGCGAAUGUGUGUUCACAAUAUUGAGGUAUGGCUUAUUUAUAAAUAAUUUUACAGAAAUCUACAAUUGUAUUCUAUAAUUGGGACUGAUUUUCAUAUCAACAGUAUUUGUAUAAAAGUGUGAGCUGCAGCAGACUAGACAAUAUAUUUAAAAAAAAACCAAAAUGAAUCUCUGCUAACACAAUGAGCACGUAGCUCAGUGGAGAACAUUUUCCUGCAGCAGUAACUCCUUCUGCACUGCCUAAUCUUAUCAGCUGCACUUUGUUCUGUUGACCGGACUUCACACCAAUCAAGCUCUGCCCCUCCCCUGAAGAAAAUGUGUUGAACUCGUAAAUAGUAUGACUCUGAGAUCACUAAGUUACUUCCUUGUGAAAAAAAAAAAAGUCAAUAAAUUUCAUAACCAACCAGGCCAGUUAAAGUUAUAAGUGUGAAAUGUGCGAUUCGAUUUAUUUAUUUUUUCAUAGGUCAAAAAUAUGUCUCACCAGUUUACAUGGUCAUUGACUGUCUUGUGUGCAGUAAACUAAUUUAAACAACCAAUUCUCUUUGGAAGUGAGUAAAUAUUACAGAACUUUUUUUUUUUUUUUACAUUUACAAUAUGUUAAGUUCCACAAUUAAAAACGUGUAAAACUGA